AUGUCCAUUAGUUUACCGAUUCAAAAGCAGAAUUAUAUUUUCAGACUUGUCCAAAAAUAUAUGUUACUGCCUCAAUGUACCAUUAAAGAAUUUGCACAUUUAAUAGGAGUUCUAACAGCAGCAUGUCCAGCUGUUAGUUAUAGUUGGAUGUAUACAAAAAUGUUAGAAAGGGAGAAACAUUUAGCUUUGCUUAAAUUUCAUAAUAAUUAUAACGCCAAAUUCACUCCUUCUACCGAUAUAUUGCCAGAUCUACUUUGGUGGUCUAAGUAUAUUUAUAUUUAUAAAAAUAAAAUAGAGAGACCAACAUUUCUUUUAGAAAUAUUUUCUGAUGGAUCAAAACAGGGCUGGGGUGCCUUCUGUAAUAAUGUACGCACUGGGGGUAAAUGGAAAACGGAGGAACUUGAGCUUCAUAUUAAUUAUUUAGAACUCAAAGCAGCGUUCCUUGGUUUAAAAAUAUUUGCUCGCGAUGAAUGUAACUGUGCAAUAUUAUUGCGAUGUGACAAUACUACCGCAAUAAGUUACAUAAAUCGAAUGGGAGGAAUAAAAUAUGCCCACUUAAACAAAAUCACAAGAGAUAUUUGGCAAUGGUGUGAGCAGCGAAGAAUAUGGCUGUAUACAUCAUACAUAAACUCAAAAGAUAAUAAAGAAGCUGAUCAAGAAUCUCGCAACAAAAAUGCAGACACGGAAUUAGAAAUAUCUAAGACUACAUUUCAGAAUAUUACCGACAUUUUAGGAAAACCAGACAUAGAUCUCUUCGCUUCUCGCGCCAAUGCCAAAUGUAAAAUGUAUGCAUCGUGGAAACCAGAUCCCGAUUCUUUUACAGUAGAUGCUUUCACCAUAAGUUGGACACCAUACUUCUUUUAUGCUUUCCCACCAUUUACAUUAAUUUUGAAGUGCCUUCGAAAGAUCAAGACAGAUAGGGCAGAAGGCAUCCUAGUAUUUCCUUACUGGCCCUCUCAACCGUGGUUCCCGGUUUUAAGAGCUAUGUGUAGCUCCGAAAUUAUUUAUUUAGACGCUAACCAAAGCCUCUCAAACUUUUCUUGCAGGAAAAGGAAACAGUUCCAACUUUCCCUGGGAGUCGCGAGGCUAUCCGGGACGCUUUCCUAA